AGCGAAACUGAGCGCCAGCCCCAGUCGUAGUUCGUACGGAACAGUUCACGCAUCUCGAACACUGAGAUGUUUUUACGUUGUGUUAGCAUUAUCGCGAUUGCGAUCUCUGCUUCUGUGGUAGUUUGUGACGAAACGGUGCUCGUACAAACCGAAAAUGGUCCGCUGAGAGGAGCGAAACGAGGCCAGUACUAUGCAUUCGAAGGGAUACCCUACGCCAAGGCUCCAUUGGGUGAGCUCAGACUGGCUCCGUCUGAGCUGAACGAUGCACGCUGGGAGAAUCCUAGAGACGCGACCACACCGGGACCGGUUUGCCUUCAAUGGAGCCAUUUUGAGGAGGGAGACGAUCGAAGCACCGGCGAGGAGGAUUGUUUGUUUAUGAAUAUCUACACUCCCGCGCUGAAGCCGUCCGAACCCUUGCCAACGAUCUUUUUCAUUCACGGAGGAGCGUUCAUGUUUGGGAAUGGAGAUUUCUAUGAACCGGAUAACGUGAUGAACAAUCGCAUGGUUUUGGUCACCUUCAACUACCGUUUGGGACCGUUGGGUUUUCUCAGCACCGAGGAUGAUGUGAUUCCCGGCAAUUUCGGCUUGAAGGAUCAAGUGACGGCGCUCAAGUGGGUUCGUCAAAAUAUUGCCAACUUCGGAGGGGAUCAAAACAGUAUCACGAUGGUUGGAUAUUCGGCCGGGUCGGCUAGUGUCCAGCUCCACUAUCUAUCGUCGAUGUCUCGUGGUUUAUUCAAGAAUGGCAUUGGUCACAGUGGCUCGGCACUUAAUCCGUGGGUGCUAGCGGAAAAUUCAGCGGAUAAGGCCAGCAUGGUUGCUGCUGGUGUCGGAUGCCCAACGUCGUCAAGCGAGAGGAUGCUCGAGUGCUUGAGAUCGAAGCCAGCUAAAGACGUCGUGCGAGCGGUUGAGCCGUUGUUUGAUUUUCUGUACAACCCAUUUUCGCCACUCGGUGUGGUGAUUGAAAAGAAGUCCAAAAAUAACCCCGAACCAUUCCUAGCUGACCACCCGUAUAAGAUGAUGAAGAGAGGAGAGUUCUACCGCGUGCCAAUGCUUCUUUCCGUUUCCCAAGCGGAGGGAUUGUAUCCGGGUGCGGAGUUCGCAAGUAAAACUGAGUAUCUGGAGACCAUCAACAGCAAUUGGAAUAAGCUUCUGCCAAGCAUUUUGGACUAUCAAACUUCGUUGCGAAGCGAUGAAUCUCAGCGCAACGAGAUAAGUCGUGCGAUAAGAGAACGCUAUUUGGGUGAUAAAGAUUUGAAUCGUAACAAUUUUCGAGAUUUUUUAAAGAUAAUUUCCAACCGCCUCUACUUUGCGGGCGUAGUAAAAUCGGCCAAAUUGAUGCAGGCGUAUAUUCCAGUUCAUUUCUACUAUGGAAUGUACAAAACUAAAUUCGCGGUCGGAGAAUACCUGGCCAAAUCUAUGGAAAACUUCGGAGUCGCCCACGGGGAAGAUGUGUUGUUAGUGUUCAAAACUGAGUUACGAGACGAGAUACCGUACACAGAAGAGGAGCUUUUGGUUGGUGCUAAAUUUGUGGAAAUGUACGAAAAGUUUGCCCGAGAGAGUGUCGCCAAAUUCGGAGAGUACGAGAUUCCACGGAUGGAAGGAAAGGACGCUUUACGUUUUUUGGAAAUUAAUUAUCCAGCCAGUGAACUGCGGACUGCACGACAACUUAGUGAUGAGGAUUUCUGGAAUCAGCUGAACUUUAAUGAUGGUAUGCCAGUCGAUGCUACUUCGUCAGUUAAAAACGAGCUAUGAUCUCGCUCUUAUACAAUUAAAUAAAUGUUAAACAUCGAUCAACAUUGAAUUAAAACCAUGGUAUGCAUAACAAUAAUAAAUGAGGAUUAAGCUGCGCUUU